AUGGAACUAGUUUCUGGCGGGAAAGAGAUUGCUUUAGAAACUAAUGAUUUUGAUUUUGGAUUGAGUACACAAGAUAUGAACAAACUGUCCCAAGAUACAUUUGUUGAUGGUUUUGAUCCUUCUCAAGUGAAAGUUGAAAAAGUUGAAAAACAAAGUAAAACACGAGCCAAGAAGACGUCCACACCACAGUUACGUGAUGAGCUAAUACGUCGAGCCGGAGAAGGAUCACCGGAUGCCCCAUUGGUGUAUAUCCGUGAAUCUGAUUGGGAAAAACUUGUUUAUGGUUUUGGUUCCUGUUUCAGACCGCUACGGAUUGGACCAGCGAUUUUAGAUCAUGAGAUGGCUAAUCGUCUUAUGGAUUUUACGGAGUGGCUUUCCAACUUGGAUUUCUGA